AUCAACUUUGAACUUCGAUUACGAUUAGGAUGCACAUUGAACCGAAGUCUGUGCAAAGUGUAGUGUAGAGAAGUGUCAGCCAGUAGUACAGUUGGAUCUACUAAUCUACACAUUCAUAACCUGCACACAAACAAUAACAAAGGAGGGUGUAUUGGUAUUACCUAGAUCUAGACUAGAUCUAUGAAUUCUAUGUACUAGGUGUUAACAGAUAAACAUGGCGUUGAGCAGUCGUACAUACAUUAUAGGAGUUGGAAUGACCAGCUUUGUCCGACCAUUGACUAAAAAAUGGGAUUACCCAGAUAUGGCACGUGAAGCAGGUCAGCUUGCAUUACAAGAUGCACGAAGGCAAUACAAAGAUAUUAAAGCUGUUGUUGCCAGCUACUGCUAUGGCGAACCAACCUGUGGACAGAGAGCUGUCUAUGAGCUAGGGCUGACUGGGGUACCUGUUUACAAUGUGAACAACAAUUGUUCGUCUGGAUCUUCUGCGCUGAUGCUGGCAAGAAGAUUGGUCAUGAGUGGAGUGGAGGAUUGUGUCAUGGCUGUAGGGUUUGAGAAAAUGGAGAGUGGACUUAGUGAAAAAUACACAGAUCGUGUGUCACCAGUGUCCAAGCACAUGGAGCAGAUGGUCAGUUUAGGGGGUGAUAGAGAACUUAUCAACCCUAAAGUAAAUCAGUUUACAUCAGAUGUCAUCAAACUGUUUGCCUAUGCUGCAAGGGAAUAUGAGAACAAAUAUCCAACAAAAUUGACUGACACCUUAGUUGACAUUGCUUUCAAGAAUAGAAAACAAGGGACAAACAAUCCCAGAGCAUCCUUUCAGAAUUUAAUGAGUAAGGAAGCAAUUGCUACCAAAUCAAUGCUGUUUCCACCCAUUACAUUUGGGAUGAGUUCUGCAACAGCAGAUGGCAGUGCAGCUGCUAUUGUGUGCAGUGAAGAGUACAUGACAAGAAACAACUUGCAAGACAAGGCAGUAGAAAUAUUAGCCCAAAACAUGGUGACAGAUCUUCCAUCUUCUUUUGAAAAGUCUUUUAUUGAAUUAUCUGGCUUCUCCAUGGCAAAACUAGCAGCAGAAAAAUGUUAUGCCGAGACUGGCCUGAAACCAGAUGAUGUGGAUGUCUUAGAGGUGCACGAUUGUUUUUCUUGCAAUGAGCUCUUCAUGUAUGAGGCUCUGGGUCUGUGUCCACCAGGGCAGGGUGUAAACAUGGUCAAGAACUCGGAGUGGAGAAGCAAUAAAGAUGGAGGGGAAUUGUUGUACCUCAACAAAAAGUGGGUUGUUAAUCCAUCUGGAGGUCUUGAAGCCAAAGGUCAUCCAAUUGGCGCAACAGGGCUGGCCCAGUGUGCUGAACUAGUGUGGCAGCUUCGUGGUGAAGCGGGCAAAAGACAAGUUGAAGGUGCUAAAAUAGCAUUGCAGCAUAAUUAUGGGAUAGGUGGAGCAGCGGUUGUCACAAUGUAUGGUAAAAACAGAAUGGAAACUACAGCAAAGCUUUGAUUUAAAAACCAAGCUGUUUCAUGUUAUGUGUUAAUUUUUUGCCUUUUGCUAAAUUGUAUAAACUAAUAAGGCUGUGAGUGUGCUGAAUGAUUGUUUUAAAUUUUACAUACAUUCAGGCCAAAUGUAUAACUUGGUUUGAAUCAAUUUUAAAAUCUCAAAAUCACAUUGAUUUUUUUUAACAUUCUUACUAUGAGUGCCAUUCUAUUUUUUGAUUUAUUGUUUAUGUGCAAAUAUUAAAAACUAUUUCAAAAUUUUGUUUUUAAGAUAUAUUAGGAUCAGAAUUUUAAAUUGUACUUUUAGAAAUUAUAAAAUCAUGUUACAUUCAAAUGAAUUUAGAAAUUAUAAACUCAUGUUACAUUUAAAUGUAUUUAGAAAGAAUACAUAGAAUUUACAAUUUUCUUUAACAGUUACAUUAGUUUUUAUAAUUGCUAAGAUCAGCUGUCAUGUUUACAUUGUGAUUAGAUUAAUUUAUAGGACUAAGUACUUCUUAAAUUUAACUAAAAUCCAUGUCAUGCUAAUUGAUUUUAUGAGUUUUUGAUAUAUGUAGAUGACAUUUUGUUUUUGGAAUUUUGUUAUAUUGCCAUGUUACCCAUAUAUGAAUCAAUUUUAAGAACAUUAGGAAAAUAAGUAAAAACAUUGGAGCUGUAGAGAACUUUGACUUUCUUAAUUAAAAUACAAUGAACCCCAUUGC